AUGAUACUAAAGACGCAGAUCACGUGUUUGGAGGAGACUUCAGACGGAAAGACCGCCUGCUUUUACACCAUUCAGCCCAUGCCCGUGAGUUCUCCUAGUGCCAAGAUUCUAUACACUCGACGCGCCGGCGACCCAACGCAGCUCUCUCCGACCAUUAAGCGCGAGUCUUUGCCCGAAGAAGCACAAGGACUCAAGGACUUGUUGCUCUCGUCUUCUUCGCAUCAAGUCCGCUCACGGUUCAGUUUCUCCAAGCUUCGGCGCGUGGUGAUACCGCCCGUCCAGAUUCCUCCCGCGUUGGCUACGCCCAAUGCUUUCAAUAACAUUGUGGCAGGUGCAAAGAUCCCAAUGACUAAAGCCAUGUGGACGCGGCAUCGCGCGAGGUUGAUGCAGCGACUACCAGGACGUGUAGACGAGAAAGUUGCGAGGUAG